CGCAAAAACACGGCCUGGUGAUUUCGGUGGCGUGUUCUGUGAUUUCUUUUCGUAAAUUUUACUUGUUUUCCGCGGAGAAAUCGUGAUUUUCAUACGUGCAAACACUUCCUCGUGAUCGGCCAGUGAUGAUCGCACAGUGACACAGGCGUGAAAAAUGAUUGAACACGAGCAACCAGCUAUUAAUAUCACCGACAAUAAGGUGAUAGAUCAUGAGGAAUUCCUCAACCGCAUCAAGAAAACGCUUUACUAUGGAUCACCGACGGUAAAGUGCACGAAGAUUAGCCGUCCCCUGGCUGACUAUGCGGCGGACAUCUUCUCCGAAUCGCACCGGGGCCACUCGCUCAGCCGAUUGAACUUUGUCACCGUUGGCAAUCUGACGGUCACACCUUGCUCCCUCAUUCUGGCGAUGAUCUAUCUGGACCGGCUGAAUGUUGUUGAUCCUGCUUACGCCCGUCGCAUUACGCCAUCGGAACUAUUUAUAGUGUCAAUGAUGGUUUCGACCAAGUUCUACUGUGGCUACGACGAGGACAUCUAUCUAAGUGCCUGGGCCGAGUCCGGAAAUAUAUCGGUUGAUCACAUGAAAGAGCUGGAGCUUGAAUUUCUUGAUGCAAUAGGUUGGAGCGUGUACGUAUCGAACCACGAGUUCUUCGAAAAGCUCAAAUCGGUAGAGAAGGUACUGGCCAAGCGGCAAGGUUUGGCACGCGGUUGGCUAACCUACACCGAGUUGAUAAACUUCCUUCCGACGAUGACACUGGCAAAGCAGAUUCUCAACUAUAGCACAGUAAUUGCGUUCAGCUACACCGCCAGCGUUAUGACCAUUGCAGGGGCCUUCUUCAUAGCUAGCAACAUUAAUGUACCUGGAAAUCUCUUGUUCCGUGGGACCGCCGCCACCACCCAGCCCACACAGAGCACCGCUACUGCAAGCAUCGACACUGCGUUGCCCACCACUGGUGUUAGCAAACCGUCCACACCGAAGCAACAGCACAACUGCUCCAGCGGAUGCCCGGUACCGGUUUCAGAUCCCUCGAUAGAACAAUCUCUCUUACUAGACUGCGAAUGCUCCUUGCAAAUGGCAAUCGAAAGCGUUCAACUGCUCAACCGUGCUGCAUACUUCAACGGUUCAACUUCAAACUAUAAGGCUGACUUCCAACAUCUUCCAGUGGCGCAAUUGGCACCGACCGCACGCAACUACGGGCCCACUAUCAGCUGGAAGAACUUCCGAUUCAUCUAUCCGUUGCCCAUCAGUGCUGAAGAGGACGACGAUGGAAACGAGACUGACAUGCUUUCGAUUGGCACCGAACCCGACAACCGAAACUGCACCUACGGCGAAUUCAUUCCACUUUUUACUUACGGCACAAGGCCUCAGUGUUAUCUGAAGGAACACGGACAGCAACCGGCAAGUCGUGUCUACGAGAGCUACAAACGAACUUUCGAAAUGUUUAGUUCUUUUUUGAAAUUUUUGUGAAGUUCGAAAAUUUGUCCGUCGAAAAAGAGCUAACAUUUUUUUUUUACCAUCAUAUUUUUUUUGUAAUCCACUCUUUUUAUGAUAUGUUUUAAUUAACAUCUCCAUUAAGAAUUAAUUUACUAACCCACAAAAAAGCUGCGAAAAGUAGGUAGGCUUAAAACGAAAACGAUAAAAAAACAAGCACGGAAUCUUUUUUUUAUUCUGGCCGCAAGUAUUUAAAUGCUAACAAAAGUACCUUUCAACAAGAAUUCCACUUCAACGAAUUUAGGUCCAAUGGUUCUGAAUUGAAGCUAAUUUGCAAUUUCGUAUUAACUGGUUUGAAAUUAAAAUACAUAGAAUAAUUUGUCAAUAUUAACAGCACCGUAAAUUAUUGUUUAUUUAAAAAUUCAAAAAGUAUCAAUAAAAUUA